UCGAGGGUGUGCCGGCAAAAAAAGGCAAAGAAUGGCCCCCGCUUCGGCGCGCUGAGGUCUUCACUCCGCGUGGGAACAGAGCACCCCAGUCAACAACAAAACCCUCGUCGAGCCGUGCCCUUAUCCUUCUCUUCUUCUUCUUCUUCUUCUCCUUCUCUUCCAGACUUCCUCUCCGCCCUUUCCCCUCCCUUUCAUGGGCUUCUCCUCCACGCCUCCACCCCAUGUUCACCUUAUCCAACAAGCGCGCCGCUUUCUCCCGGCCCUCUGAACCCGCCCAACCACGCCGCAACUCCACCUCCGCCGCCACGGCCGCCUCCCGCCGUCCCCGCCUCGAUCGCCGCAACGCCAACAAAAAUAUCGACUACGACGCCACUGCCUCGUCCUGGACCUCCUCCGCCUCUUCGUCCGACGAUUCCCAAGGUCUCCGUGCUACCCGCUCCCUUGAUCUCCAUUAUUCUGAUCAGACUAGCUUCCGGAUCGAAGGACUUGACGGCGAGGUCGAUCAGCUCUGCCGUAGCCUUGGUCUUUCUGGCCCUGAGGAAUUCGCUAUCCCUGCCGCUGAUUGGGAGGCUCGCAAGUCCCGCGCUAACGCCGAGACCCUCCCGCCCUCUCGCCUUCUUUCGCAAUCCUCAUGUGAAACCCCUUUGGAAGUCGUUGAUUCCUCUGAUAAUCGGGAAUCCCGUGAUCGAUCUCCUUCGGAUUAUCGUGCUGAUCCACUGACGGCUGAUGAUUCACCAUCGAUAAAGGGCUCUGGAGGAAACUCUGAUGGCGGUGGAAUCAACGGUGCCCGUCCUCCGGUUCUCACCCCUCCUCCCCUUUCUUCACCGAAGUUGACGAGCUCCGGAGGAAGCUCAGAUGGUGGUGGCGGUGGCGGCGGCCGCGGCGGAGGUGGCAUCAAAGGUGUCCGCCCUCCGGUCCUUACCCCUCCUCCUGUUCCUUCGCCGCGGUUGAAGCAAGUCUUGCCAUUGCCGCCUUCGAGGCAAACCCUACUUCCCUCGCCGCCUUCGAGGCAAACCCUACUUCCCUCGCCGCCUUCGAGGCAAACCCUUACCUCGCCGCCUUCGAAUCAAACCAUUCCCUCGCCGUCUUCGAAUCAAACCCUUCCCUCGCCGCCUUUGAAGCAAGCCCUACCUCCUCCGCCGUCGAUGGUGCUCCCUACCUUGGAGAAGAUGGGAUCCACUUGGGAUUUACUGAGAUCCUUUGCGCCGGAUGACGAUGAAGAGGAGAGGAAAUACGUUGAUUUGGUGGACGACGUUGUGGAGGAUGAAAGGGCUGUACAAUUGAGGAUGGGCGAGAUGUUUGGAGAUAUGACGGGAUCGUGCUCAUACUCUACUUCAAACGACGAUGAUUCGUCGAGUACUACAACAGAGACGAUUUUCGUGAUCUCGCCAAAUGGCAGGUUCAAGAGGAGCAUCAACUCGUGGAUGCGAGGCCGGCUGCUGGGCAGCGGAUCCUUUGGGACGGUCUUUGAAGGGAUCAGCGAUGAUGGUUUUUUCUUUGCGGUUAAAGAAGUAUCUUUGCUGGACCAAGGAAGCAAUGCUAACCAAUGCAUUAUUCAGCUUGAACAGGAGAUCGCACUUUUAAGUCAGUUCGAACAUGAUAACAUAGUUCAGUAUUUUGGAUCCGACAAGGAAGAAGCAAAACUGUACAUCUUCCUUGAACUUGUGAGUCAAGGUUCUUUGGCAUCUCUGUACCAAAGGUAUCACUUACGAGAUUCACAGGUUUCUGCAUAUACAAGGCAGAUUCUGAAUGGCUUGAAGUAUCUUCAUGACAGAAACGUUGUUCACAGGGAUAUCAAAUGUGCCAAUAUUUUGGUCAGUUCCAAUGGUUUAGUAAAACUUGCAGACUUUGGCUUAGCUAAGGAGAUCACCAAAUUGAAUGUGCUAAAAUCUUGCAAAGGAAGUGUCUAUUGGAUGGCCCCUGAGGUUGUUAAUCCAAAGAGUUCCUACGGACCUGCAGCUGAUAUUUGGAGUCUUGGUUGCACAGUGUUGGAGAUGCUAACACGACAAGUUCCUUAUCCAAAUUUGGAAUGGCCACAAGCUUUCUAUAAGAUUGGUCAAGGAGAAAAGCCUCCUAUACCCAACAUUCUAUCCCGGGAUGCCCGUGAUUUCAUUCAGAAAUGUGUACAAUUUAAUCCAGAUGAUCGGCCUACUGCCUCUGAGCUGAUGGAGCACCCAUUUAUCAAGACGCCACUAUCAGCUUCCACAAGUCCUGAUGUUUCCUUACGCAAUGGCAGAAGGCAGUCAGGUUAAUGUCAAGAGCCAUUCAACUCUACCAUGCAAGCAGGUCUUCACAUCAGGUGUUCUCCCCGGCACUGUGUGAAUGCUUCAAUAUGUUUCGCUCCAGCCUAUCAUUCGUAACCUCAAGAAGAAGGGAUUUCACCAUGGAUGGUCUGUAACGUAGAACAAGCGGUGCUUCUGCUGGGCAAAUACAAGUGGUCUUAUAAAAAAAAAAAAAGCUGCUAGGGACCAAAAGUGGUCUUAUAAUUCAAGUCCCCUUUAAUGGAGUGAAAUCUCUUUCAUGAGAUUAAUCUUGUGCAUAUGUAUCAGCAUCAUUAGGUUGUUUGAGCGUCAGUGUAGAAGAGUCUUUUUCUUUAUUUUAUUUUAUUUUUGUUUUUGGUCGCCCAGUUGUAAAGUUGUAGUUGUGUUAGAACUUGUUCUCUUUUUUUUAUUUGCCCUCUGUCUUAUGCGAUUUGCAGGGUUUGUAUGUCCCUUUUGUUCUUGGUGAAUGGUAUUCCUCUAAUGCAUUAUUAUUAUUUCAAGAAAAA